AUGGAUCACGCGUACGCAGCGGUGAAGAUUUCCAACGCGACAUUCGACUCUCCUGACUGGAAGUGGGCGCGCGAUGGAAGUAUACUGGAUGGCGAAUAUAUACCGUACAUCUGCGAAGCCAUUCUAGUAAUAAUCAUCUUCACCAUUUGCAUCCUCGACCACAGAUUCACCAAACCCUUGCGCGCAGACAGCCAGAACCCAUAUGCCGUAUACGAAGCAGCAGCAGAGCGCGAAUACUCAGACUGGCGAAGCGAAUGGGAGACCAAAUUCCCAGACCUCUUCAUCGGCCACGCUAUUUGCACAAUUUGCUUCGAACCCAUCGGCGACCGAGAACUGAUCCGUGGAUUACCUUGUCUGCACGUCUUUCAUAAGAACUGUAUGGAUUCUUGGUUCGAAGCGCUACACGUUACUUGCCCGGUGUGCAAACAGGAUAUCCUAGAGCUACCUUCACCAUGCUAUCGACCAGCUUCUGAAUACGAGGUAUAG